GAUAGAUUCAUGUUCUGUUUUUUUUUUUGUUUUGUUUUUUUUUUUACACAAAAAAGUAACGGUUUAGUAGGAUAGAUCAUAUUUCCAAUUCCAAUUUAAGACAAUUACAUUAUAUUCUAAAUGAAUAUUAAUGGAUAUGAAUAAAUAUAUAUUUUUUUUAAUCAUAAUCUCUCCUCUCGGGUGAAUUCUAGGCGAGGUGAAUCUCAAAAGAGUGGUUAGUUAGUUGCUGUUUUAGCAACUAACUUGGUAAAGUGAAGUGAAAGUGAAAGAAAAUUACCUUAACAUUUAGUUUGCCCAAGCACACAACCUCCCGCGUCUACAAACGGCAAUAUGUUUCACACAAUCUUGAUUAAAAACAUUUUCUUUAUAGAGAAAGUAAUAUUUUGGCUUAUUUUCUACUGUUGUCUAAGCGAUGCACAUCAAGAGAAACACUUCCUCCACUACAAGUUUACAGUCCUGACUAAAGCAGACACAUUCCCAGAGUUCAGUGCUGAGGUUGUUGCUGAUGACAGACAGAUCAAACACUUCAGUGAUGAAGAAAAAGUCUGGAUUCUGACUGAAGAUGACUGGACUGAACCUCCAGAUCCACCUGAUUCUAGAAACUGGUUCCUACAUCAGAUCAGGACUCUGACAAACUGCACAAACUCACAGUGUUCUGAGCUUCAUGUUCUUCAGAGAAUAAUUGGCUGUGAACUGAAGAAACUUCCUGAUGGAACCAUGAUUCUGACUGUCUUUGAUGAAUAUGGAUUUGAUGGAGAGGAUUUUAUUUUCUUUAAUUCUGACACUAUGAAGUGGAUUGAUAAAAACCCCAAAGCCAAAGAAACUAAAAAGAAAUGGGAUCAUCAAACAGGACGAAACCAGUUCCUCAAGUAUUUCCUCAAGAACUGCAUGAACUGGGUCUCCAUACUUAAUAACACAAAACAGAGUAAACCAAACAUUCACAUCUUUGUGAGGAAAACUCCUGAUGAUAAAUGUAUGCUGGUUCUGACGUGUCUGGCCACUGGUUUCUACCCCAGAGAUGUUCAGAUGAACAUUAGAAGGUGCAGAACUGAACUUGAGGAUCAAACAUCUUCUGGAAUCAGACCAAAUGAUGAUGAAACCUUUCAGAUGAGAAUCAGUGUGAAGAUUGACAGAAACCUCAAAGGAUCUUAUGAUUGUCUGCUCAUUCACAGCAGUCUGACUGAACCAGUUUCAGUAAAAUGGGAUGGAAAAUGUUCUGACUGUGAAAUGGAUUUUACACUUUUUGUUAUACCAGGAGUAGUAGAAGCUGCAGUUCUAGCUGUGAUUGUGAUUAUGUUUGUAAUUGUGACUGGUAAAUGCAGGUUGAAAUGCUCAGAAAGCAGGAUAAUAUGAUGACAGAAACUUAUAAUCAUCUUCUCCUCACACAGGCAGAUGCACACGAUGAAUCAGGAAAUUAAACAUCAGAGGAUUUAAAUGCUUCUGGACACACUGACUACUGUGAAAUUACACUCUGAAAUGGACACGCUUUUACAUUUACAGGGAUAUCAUGUGCAAAAAAAUCUGUAGUGGUGAAUGAGAGACUGCACUUUUGCAUGCCUGUUUGAUCCACUGGUAAAAAUAAUAAUUCAUGUUAGCUUUUCCAUGACUUUCUAAAUUAGAAAAAAAUAAUAUCUAGAGAUUAAUUACAGCCAUCAGGAGAGAAAGAUAUCACGUUUACUGUCACUCUCUCAGUCGUUGUGUUAGAAACACUCUCACAGCAGCAGCAUUUGCUAGUUUUUGAAAUGUAGAUAAUGUAGAUAAUGUGACAAUGUCAAAGCACAAAUAUAGUUUCUGUAGCUCCGCCCCUUUUCAGCUCUGCUCUAGUUGUGUUUUGUCUUCCUGUUUGUGUUUCCGCAGCAUGAAAGUAAGAUCUUAUGGAUAUUCGCUUCAAACAUUACAAUGCUAAUGAUAACUUUAGUUAGGUCUACAGUAAGUAAAUCUAAUUACUCUUUGACAGCGAUGUGAAAUAUACAGAGCUAAAAUGGAAGUUCAAACACAAAAUUCUAACAAGCGCUCGUUUCUCUGACUCAGAAGGUCUAUAGUUUUAUAAAUGUAGUCUACAUUAGACGUUUUAAAAUGAAAAUACAAAAAUCUUUGCUUGAUGUUUAUAGAUAUUUAGAUGUUUUCAGCAUUAAUAACUGUGGAAAAUUAUAUCAGUCUGUGAUAAAAUGCAGAGAUGGGCACUCGAGUUAGAGACUCGGACUCGAGUUGCACUCGAGUCGCAUUUUAACAGACUUCAGACUCGGACUCGACCUGAAAUGACUUCAGACUUGACUCGACUUGGCACAAAAUACUCGGAAUAUUUUAAAAACGACUCAAGUCUUUUACCCUGAACUACUGAUAUAAUAAAUAAAGAAUUCGUAUUGUGUUUAAAUGGUUUUAUAAUAUCUGCGUCACAUAUAUUUCCUUACGUGUCGUGGUAGAUCGGACUCUUGUCAUAGAAUUUGAUUACGUAUGUCUGUGCGCAUAAACUCCGAAAUGUCAUAAUAAGAGUCCCAUGAAACAUGACUAGUCACCGUGCCUUAUGUUUUUUCGUUUGGGUUUAUUAUCACGUCAGAUCAGCUAGACGCACAGAAUGUGGGAAAACAAUUAAAGAUACCCGAACAACAUCAUCAAAUUUUAUGAGACAUCGCAUCCACAAAGGUUAGUCACAUUAACUCACAAAACUAGCUAUUACUCUGUGGUGUAGCUGCAUGGCUCUUUUGAAUUGCCAGCCUGGUAAAAUAUGAACAAAAAAAUAUCUAGGCUUUAAACCUACGUUUUAUCAAAUCUUCGUAUUAUUUGCAGCUUUUCUAUUUCUUAUUGUGUGUCCAUAAGAGAGAGAGAGAGAUAGAAAGAGAUGUUAAUCCAUUUAUUACUUAAAGCUCAUAUUUUAAUGCAUUACAUUCAGCAUGUGUAGAGUUUUCAAUUGACAUUCUUAAACAUUCCGAGGUUUGAUAUUUUCUGAUAAUGACUGUCGUCAAUAACAACGAAGCUGUAUAACAAUCUGCUGUAUAACAAACCGUGACUCACUGGCGCCAUCUUGUGUCCUUUUAGCAACUGUAUUAAAAAUGACUACUCGUUGCCAGAACAAUUGUUUUGUACAUUGUAAUGGAUUAUAAAGCAACAAACUGGAUGUACAUUAUCCCUUACAUCAUAGGACCUUAAUUUCAAAUAAAACAGAUUAUAGAAAGAUCAUAAAAUUUUGUCUAUAUAUUACAACUAGGAUAAAACAUAGGAUUUGAUUAUGAUUUUUUUUUUUUUUUUUUGAAUGACUCGAGACUCGACUCGGACUCGUGACAAAAGACUCCAGACUUGACUCAGACUCCAGUGAUAAAGACUUCAGACUUGACUCGGACUCCAGAUAAAAGACUCGUGAACAUCUCUGAUAAAAUGUAUUUUGUAUUGUUGCUUGUUCUUCAGUGAAGUGUGUGAUUUCACCAAACAGGACUGCAGAAGUGUUACAAUCUUCAAGCUAACAAUGACUUAUUGUUGACUUUUUUUUGUUGAAUUUUUUUUAAUAUUUAAUGUUUAAAUAUGAAAUGAGCUUUCUAGGUUUUGACAUCUACUUGAAUGAAACAUGUUUCUGAUAAACGGUCUUCUCUUCAGGUCUAGUUGAGUUCAUAACUUCAUACAGUGAUGGAUCUCAUGUGCUAUUCUGUUGUAAACUGUAUUGUUGCUCUUCUCAUGUUUAUUGAGAUCUUAAGAUUAAUUGCUUGUCGUAUUUCUCAUUUUUAUCAUUUUGUUAUUUUGUUAUUUUUAUUUUUUUAAAUAAAUGUGUGAAACAAAGGCUGAUAAGAGUGAUUUGUGAUGUUUGUUCUUUGGUUUAGGAGAUCGUAAGAGCUGAAGGUCCUGAGAGAAUCAGUAAAUUAAUUCAGAUACAAUACUGCAUAACUAUAAACCUGAUGAGAAACAGAAAACUAGAACUGUAACAGAAUAAUGAC